AUGACCAUACAUUCCUCCAGUUCUGUUGGCAGGACGUAUCAAAGUCGCAUGCAGCAGCAGUGGCAAUGGGUGCAUAGAUCAGGAAGUGGUAGCAGGCGUGUUCAGUGGGGGAAUGGUGAUAUCGGCAUGGACAGUGAUGAGCAGGGAUGGGCAGAAAAAUGGGUAGCGGCAGACAAGACAUCAUGUCUCGAUUGGAAGAACAAGCGGUGUCAAAACACAGACAGACAGCCAGCAAAUGCAGCUAGCAUCGGCAGCCUACAGGGCAGGGUGAUGUCAACACUGGCAGCGCACGAGAAGCAGCUAGCAAACACAACUAGCAAGGUGGUGUUGACAUCGGCAGCUAAAAUCGCAAGCCCAACGGCAGGGCACAGGGCACAGGCGACGUGGGUACAGCGACUCGACAGCGAGGGGGGAAUGGCAAAAGACGGUGGAACAACCGGCAGUGACAGUGCUGACACACAGACAGCGGACAGUGGAAAGUGGACAGUGGCAACGGCAGGGGGGACUGCAGAGAAUGGCACAGGCAGCGCUUUGAGCAACACAACAAUACUUCCCAUGCCCAUGCCUAUAGUGUACAGCGAGUACGGCUCACAGUGA